UCCAACUCCCGUAAACCCACUUCUAAUGUCCGAACAGAGACACUAAUAUUAGCAAAAUAACAUUAAUAAUUCACCUUUUUUAAUUCCUUUCUUUCUUUCUUUUUUCCCACCUUUUUUCUCCUUCCUAUUCCUUUUCCCAAGGUAAAGUGAAAACCUCAUCCCACUAAUCCCCAAAAAACCCAACACACCAUUUGCUUAGAGAAAGCAAAAGGUGAAAGUAGAACUAAAAUGGGUUUUGCUUAAAUAUCUUUUUUCUAUUAGCAACUAAUUCCAUAGAUCUGCAGCUCAAAACCCUUUAACAUUUUCUACUAAAGUCACUAGCUUUAUAGGGUUUGGUUCUUCCUUCUACACUUCUUUAUAAAUGGGUUCUAAAAAAAUUCGUUUUUUAUUAUUAGGCAUCUUUAACUUGUAGUUUUGUUUAAAGAUUUGGUUUUUUUGAAGAAAAUUUCUUAUUUUUCAAAGUGGGGUUUUAGUUAAAGGAAGUUUGAAGCUUAAAAAAAGUGAUUUUUUUUAAUUAAAAAAAAGUGCAAAGAUGAUUCAAUUGUUGUUUAUGGUUCUAUGUUUGGAGGGUAUGGUGGCAUUUCUUCUAAUGGUGAAGAUUGGGCCACUGAGGGAACUGGUAAUGAAGUGUUUGGAUCAGGUGAAGAUGAGAAAGGGUACUGUCUUAACAAUUGCUGGUACAAUAGCAGCUAUAUUAUUUUCCAACUUUAUUAGUAUUAUCAAGAUUCAGAACAAGGGAGCUAAGCUUGGUACAAUGACACCAAUGGAUCAAGUUUUGUGGAGAACCAACUUGCUAGAGGCUACUCUCAUGGGGUUUUCUCUGUUUCUUGGAUUCUUAAUUGAUCGUAUGCACCAUUACCUUCGGAAACUGAUUGUAUUACGCAAUACUGUGGGAUCGUCAAAGAAAGAAUUUGAAAGGCUUGAGAAAGAAAAGCUGCAGUUUAAGGAGAAGGCAGAUAAAGCUGCCGAAGAAAUGAAACAGUCGCAGAAAGAAAUAUCUAGUUUAACAGAGUUAUUGAAGAAGGUCAAGUUGCAGUUGGAGCACAAAGACAAACUUGUGGAAACUGCAGAAGCUCAUGUUGCUGCCCUCCAAAAACAAGCUGCAGAUCUACUUUUAGAAUAUGACCGGCUGUUAGAAGACAAUCAAAAUCUUCAGAAUCAAGCUCAUGGAUAUCGGAGUUGAGAAAAUAGACAGAACCCAUUGGUUCAAAUUUUGAAACGUUUCUGAUAACUGGCUGUGUUGAAUGAACAUUUUGUGCCUGUACGCCUUGACCCUUGUAUUAGCAGAAGGGAUUUUGGGAGUUGUUGUCAAUCAUUGAGAAUCUUGUAGUAUUGUUUUUCCGAUAUAGACAUUGCUAAAAUCCAAAUGCCUUGUAUCAGACUAUUAAGAUGUGUUAUCUCUAUUCUUACCUUGAAAGUCCAAACUGAAAGAUGUGAGCAAAAGCUUUCCAUGAGUUUUGCUUUGA